AUGUCGCGCCAAAACAAGCGUGAUCAUCUUUCUGCAAUUUUAGAUUAUCUAGACUCUGCCGAAUCAAAGCUAGAUAAUGAAAUUAAUGAAAUGGAAGCAAAAUUAUCAUGUGUUACAAAAAAAGUCGCAUUUGAUAUCGAAUACGAACCAGAAAUAAAACCAAAAGAAUAUCCACUUACUAAAAUAUCAAAACAACGCAACAGAUCGAAGUUCCUUUCUAAUAGUUCUAUACAAAAUUCGCAAACACAAUCAAAAUUAAACCAAAAAAGUGCUCAAAAAUCGAGUAUCCAGACGAGCAAGUUAAACUCUAAGUCGAAAUAUAAUUCUUCAAUUAAAUCUCCAAGUUCUAUACAGCAGAAACCUCCAAUCAAAAGCCAGAUCGAUGAAAUUAAUAUUUCAGGAGAAGUUAUUAAGUCGUACCAUCUUGAUUUUGGAUUUCAACCAUCAUCAACAGUAAAAGUUGAAAAUCUGACAAGUGGUGUCAAAAGAAUAUUUCAUAAAAAUGGGGAUGUUUCUAAUGUUUACAGAGAUGGGACAAUGAAGACAUCCCAUAAAGGUAUAGUAUACACAUUUUUCUCUAACGGUGACAAGCAACAAGAAUUCCCUGAUGGAACUAAUUCUUAUAAAUACGCUCAAAACAACGCAAUCGAAGUUAACUAUAGGAACGGCAUUAGAGUUAUAUUCUUCGCAAAUGGACAAAUACAACAUUAUACUCCAGAUGGUAAGUGUGAAAUCAUUGUUCCUGAUUCGACAAUCAUUGAGCAAGAAAAAUAA